AUGGAAGAGAAGGUGGAUAGUGAUCAAAGUUUCAGUGAAGAGAGUAGCAGUAGUUCAUCAGAUAGUUCUAGCGAAAGUUCUGAGAGUGAUGAGGAGAUUAUGGAACAAGUUCGCAUACUGGGUCAUACAUUGGAACUUCCUCAAGACCUCUGUGAAGAUCCUGCCUUGUUUAAAGAGUUCUUCUCAAUGAAAACCUGGGACAGUUUGGCUGACAAACACAAAGAUCAGCUCAAAGAGUUAUUGCCAAAAUUUGAAGAAAAUGAUGAAGAGGAGAAGCAAACAACCCUGAAAAUGCUUUUAAGUCAUGAACCCUUUCAUUUUACAUCUCCUUUAACUUGUUUCUUUAAGAAUUUAAGGCAAGGUAAUUAUAGGCCUGAUAUUGCAAGGAUGAGAAAGUUUCUGACAAAAGCUAGAGCAAAACAACAAAGGCAUAAGAUAAAGUCAUAUUAUGCAAAGUUGUUGCCUGAAGUACUCAUAUCCAGAGAACGAUUAUUAGCAGUGGCUAAGUCUUCCCCACCAGGCCUCAUUCCUCCUAUACCAUUACUUCCACCUAAGCCAUCUUCAAAAAACAACUAUAAACCAAUGUAUGUAAGGGCAAGACAUAGGUACUUUGAGGAGUUAACAGCUAUAUGGAGCGAAGUUGGCUGUCAAGGGUCAGACGAUGAAAACUAUCCAGAAGGUCCACCUGAACAUUUCUCAAAGAGGAGGAAAAGAAAUAAUGCAGUUCAAACACAGAGCGGUGAUUCCAAUGUAUCUGGGACAUUGGGUACCGGAGAACUGGUCCUUCCAUCUUUAGCUUGUUUAAAAAAUGUUUUGUCCACACACCGAGCAAGACGACAACAUAGGGAGACUCAUCCAGAACUCAAUACCACAGGUAUAACAUUAGAUGAUAUUAAACAAAGAGUGUCUCUAAUGAAUGGAGCAAAGAAACUAAUGUUUGGUGGUCCUAAAGCAGAAAUACCAAUACAAAAAGUUAGAAAAGGCAUAAAAAGGGAGCAGCAUAGGGGUAAAGAUUUUAAACAACCCCAGAAAAAAACAAAAGAUGAUGAAAAUAGUGAAAAUAAACUUCUACCACAUAUAAAGAUAAAGUGUGAGCAAGAGGAGUCAGAUUCAGAAAGUUCUUUCUUUGAACAAACAAGCCCAAGGCAAAAGAAAGUUAUGGACCAUGUCGAUAUAAAGCAAGAAGUUGAUAGUGAAAAUCAAAACUCAAGAUUUGAUCUUCAUGAGAAAACUAUUAAAAAGGAACCUCAAGAUUCACAAAGCAAUUCAAAGACAAGUCAACCUGUACCUAUUAAGUUGGAAGAUUUGGAUGGCAUAGACAUGAUGGCGCUCCCAGUAGAGCUGGCCGACGAGACCAUGGAUUCUCCAAAGAGUCCAGACGAGGCCCUUACAGAGACCACGCAUGCGAACUUUCUGUCCUUGGUCCGGGCAUUAUUCCCCGCUAAGUCAGCUCAUCGGGCCUCUAAAAGGGAGUUGCAGGCACGGUGUUCGGCAGUUAUGAGGUCGCCCAUUGCUCCGCUUAAUACUUGGUAUAAUUUAUCAAAUGACUGGUGUGCAGAGUUGAAUUCAGCGCUGGAUUUCUUAGCCGGAGAGCGUGGACCACAUCCAGAUGAUUUUGUGCCGUAUCUCCAGUUCAUACCAGAUACACAAAUGUAUCAAUGGAUAGGGGCGGGUCGCGAUUGUGAUGCAAUUCUCAAUCGAUUGUGCGAGAGAUGGAUGCGAGCCGCGACGCCUACUCCUCAGCAACCAGAUGCGCCGCCCCCACCCAGGUACCCAACAAACUGGAUUGUGCGACAACCUACGAAUACGGAAAUAGCCGAGUUUAGAUCUCAAGAACGACGAAGAUUUGCGUCUGCAUCUAAACCGUUUACAUAUCUACAAUAUGGAUAUAGGUCAGUAGUGGGACCGGCGAGUGGUGUACGUGCUAGCGCGGGUGGGGCGUGUACGUCCCUGGUGACGCCUCAGCGACCUCGCGCUGCGGGAUUCUUAGCUCUUCUGAGGGACGCAUUAGCCAGACUGCCUAAUGGAGAGGGUACACGGCGGGACUUACUCAUGUUGCUUAAAAUGUCCCAAUGGAUCAUUCCAUGUACUGAUCAAGCGUUAUCGUCAGCUAUUUCGAUGGCAUUGGACCGACUCGUCGCAAUAAAAAGAGAUCCCAUAGUGAAAUACGACCAGAGGACCGCAAUUUGGACGUACUUGCAUAGAAAUAGAACUGAAGAGGAUUGGUUGAAAUGCAGUAACGCUCGGAGUCGGGCGAUCAAGUCAAUUUCCACAGAUCCCUCGCCAUCGCCAAAGACGCCAGUCAAUGUUAACCAUAUGGAAGUCGAAGUAGGAAGCGGCGAUGAUAUACAACUAGAUGGUUCAGAUACUGAUGUGGACGUAGAUGACAGUGGCUCUUCAGCCAAUCUCUGCCAAUUAUCCUCAGCACAACUACUCAUGCAGGCCACUCAGGCCCAGACGAAACCCAAAACCCCUUCUCCUAAAGUUAAACCAAGCCCUAAACCAAAAAUAAUCAAACAAAUAUCACCAAAAGCGCUUAAAAUAAAUCAGAUUAAACAAAAGAGUCUUUUAGCACAAAAGUUGAAAAAUUCAAAACUUAUCAAGCCAAUUCCUAAAUCGCCGAAGCCGCCGAUUCAAUCACCUAAAAGUUUAACUUCCCCUAGAACUACAGCGUCCCCUAAACCGGGCGUGCCGUCCCCUAAACCGAGUGUCUCGUCCCCGAAACCGAGUGUUGCGUCCCCCAAACCUAGCGUCGCCUCUCCUAAACCGAGUGUGGCCUCCCCUAAACCGAGUGUUGCAUCUCCUAAACCUAGUGUUUCCUCGCCUAAGCCAAUACAAAAGCCGCAAAGUAAAAGCAUGUUAUCAAAUGAGUUGAAUGCAGCACGGACGCCUAUUGUCAAACAAAAGUCUAUAUCCAAAAUAGAGACUUCACAGAUUAUGACACUCCCUACUUCGACUCUGCCGUCUUCCAUUUCCGUACCGACAUUAAUACAGACAAACGUAACGACGUCUAUGCAACAGAAUACUAUUAUACAGAAUCCAAAGGCCACCGUGGUGCACACCACGGCAGCGGUGACUGCGGUCCGUAUGUACACCUUCCACUCAGGUAAAGAUAUUGGUGUCUUUAAAACAGCGACUUCAACAGCAAAGAAACGACCAUCGCUGCCUUCGACGGCUGUCCCAUCGACCGUACAGAGUACAACAGUCACCAAUGUUGUUAGUAGCGUGACUACUCCUGUGACGUCAUCAAUCACGACUCGUACUGUCCAAUUACCAGGAGGUCGGACUGUCCAAUUGUCAAACCAAACUGUCCAGUUAGCAGGUGGACAAUCUGUCCAAUUAUCUGGCCACACCCUUCAACUUUCAUCCCUUCAAUUACCAACACAUAGCGUCCGUUUACCAAGCGGUCAAACUGUCCAGUUAGCUUCCCCACAAACAGUUCAAGCAAUACGAGCGGUGAACCAAAAGAAUCAAAAUCCCCGCGCCCAAACACCCACCGUCCGGCCGACAGUGCAAAUACCGGUAUCUUCUGUACAAUUAGCGGGACAAACGGUGCAAAUCGGCGGGCAGACUGUCCAAUUGGGCCAAAGCGUACAGUUAACCGGACACACGGUUAAACUCCCGAGUGGACAGAGCGUACAAGUUGCUAGUCAAAAUGUGCUUCCAACCCAAAGUGUCCAAUUGCCGAGCGGACAAACGGUACAGUUGGGCGGAAAUGUCCAGUCAAUGUUGAGCGGACAAAACGUUCAAUUGUCCAAUCAAAUAUCGACACAAUUGGGGACACAAACAGUACAAUUAGGCAAUCAAAUACAGUUGAGCGGCCAAACAGUUCAGUUGCCGAGUGGUCAAACGUUACAAUUGAGUGGCCAAACGGUCCAACUGUCCAGUGGCCAAACAUUACAGUUGGCCAGUGGACAAACGCUACAGUUGAAUCAAACGCCCAAAUCCAUAGCUCAAGUGAGGAAUCAAGCUACGGGAGACAAACAGCCGCAGCCAAUAGUUGCUAAACUAUUAACCAAUGCACAGGGCCAAAUGAUAUCCUUAGAGGGAGUCAUGAAUCGGAACAUGAGCGGGGUGGUGGGAGUGGGAAGUGGACGUGGUCGGGGCGUGAGAGUAUUAUCUCCUACCACACGUCUCACAAGACCAGUUUUGUUGACCUCCGGGAAGCCAUUGCAUAAUAUUAUUUUACAGAGUGACGGCAACGCAAUACGGGUUCCUGUCAGUAGCGGUGUGGCAACGUCGCAAACAAUUGUUAUUAGUAGUAUAGGUGCUCAAUCUGCGAAUACAACAACGACUACGGCUCCGGUUCUGAAAUUGCAGCAGGUGAAUCCAAUACAACAAGUUAAACUAGCGCAAGGAAUAAAAAUUCAACAGGGUCCAAACACAUCAGUGGCGACAUCCAGCGGGAUUCGAAGCGUAGUAAUGGAUGGACAGCAUUUGAAACUCGUUGGCGGGAGACAUGUUUUGGCGAGACUUUUGAGACCUGCGAACCCGCAGCAGUGA